AGCCACUGCUUCCGCUGGGUCCGAGAAGCUGUUGAGUGCCAGGACCCACAGUCGCUGAAAUGGAGGCAAAAGUGUUGGAUGCAAGCAGCUUUUCAGAAGGCAACAAUCCGAUUCUGGACCCAUACCUGUAUGACGCAGACAACUUUGACUUCCCAGACCCUGGGCUGCUCGCAGAAAAGAAUGAGUUGUCUUUCACGGAGUCGUCACCGCCCCUUCCGCUGUUUACCAACAGCCAGUGGUGGCAAACCAAGACCCCGAGGGCCCAUGCCCGCCAGCUGUGGCUGCUUCUGAGGGCAGGCCUCCACGACAUAGUGGAAAAGGAGAAGAGAGCCGAGCUGCGAGUCGCGCGCUUGACGCACGGGCUGGAGCCGCUGCGCCGCCUGGAGGUGGCAGCCGGGCUGCGCUCCGUGGCGCAGGACCCAGUGGGCGGACGUUUCGUGGUGCUGGACGGCGCGGGCGUCCUGCACCUGCACAGAGAAGAUGGUUGGGCACAAGAGAAGCUGCCAGAGCCAGUGGCACUUACUGGGCUGGUGGCCGUGCUGGGCCCGCUGGGCACUGUGGGACGCUUUGUAGGCUGGGGCCCCGCGGGGCUGGCCAUCCUAGGGCCCAACUUCAACUUGCUGUGGCUAAGCCAGCCGGGGGUGGGCUGGGCACCAGGAUGCGAACCCACCUGCUGCCUGCCAGUGCCCGACCGAGGGCUGCUGCUCGUGGCCCAGAUGGGUGGCAGCCUGGUGCUCUGGAAAUUCCGCUUAGGUGGUCGUCGCCUGGUGCUCCAUGGAUCACCACCACUGCAGCCGCCACCAAGCCCAGUGGGCGAGCUCAAGCGUCUGGCUCUGGAACCAGCACCUCCCCAUGAGGCCCUGCGCUGCUUUGCAGCCUACGGCUCCGCCGUGGUCACUUUCGAUCUGCAGGCCUGGGCUCUCGUGGAUGUGCGCAGGGAUCUGCACAAAACCACCAUCUCGGACCUGGCUUACUGCAAGGAGGUAGAGGCCAUAGUGACGGCUUCCCUGGACAGCACAGUGAAGGUGUGGGAGGCUGACUGGCAGAUCCGGAUGGUGUUCGUGGGCCACACAGGCCCAGUGACGGCUCUGGCCGUGCUCCUGAACUCGACCUUGGUGUUGUCAGCCUCGCAUGACGGGACGCUACGCACAUGGGACUUGCGGGCAGCAGCACAGGUGGGCGAAGUGGCGCUGUGCUCCUGGGGCCAGGACGCGUUGUCUGGGCGCGUGAGACAUCUGCUGGCGCCCAUGGGCCCGGGUCAGCCGGUGCUCUCACUCUGCACCAGCAGCGUGGAGCUCUGGCGCGUGCGCGAGCUCUAUUCGCCGCUGGUGCAGCUGCCGGCACCAGUGCUCCUUCUGCAGGUUGCGCCCCCGUUGCCGGCGCCUGCUUACCCAGCGCCGGCAUACCCGCCGCUGCCCACGCGCCUCGUGUGCGCCUGUGCUGACGGUUCGGUCUACCUGCUGUCGGCUGUGACCGGACGCACUGUGAGCGCGCUGCUGCUGGAACCCAGUGACUGCGCCGCUGCAGUGGCUUACUGCCUGCCGCGCGAGGCGCUGUGGCUGCUGACGCGUGCGGGGCACUUGGUGCGCGCCAAUGCGGCGUGCCGCCCCAUGCUUGUGCUGUACCGUGUGCGUCCUCUGGCGCCCCCGGCGCCUCAGCCCUGUUGCCUGCACCUGUACAGCCACCUCGCAGACCCCCGCAGCGCAUUCACCUCCUGGGAAAUCGUGCGCCAGCACAGGGGCGAAAUGCACCACAGCACCAUGCCCUGGGCCUGGAAGGACAAAAAUCGGUGGGUGCUGGAGCUGGUGAGGACCGGCCAGGCGGACGUGGCGAAAGGGCCGGCACCAACAGGCUCCAUCGCUGCCCACAGAGGCGCACAGUCCAGGCCCGGUCACCGCUAUUGCAUCCACCUGGAACAGCAUUGUGUCUUCAGGUCAGUACCUCUCCUACCCACGUGGCCGGCCUGGGAGACCCUUCCCACCCCCAAGGCCCAGCCCUGGCUCCUGCUGCCUGCAGGCGGAGACCUGACCGUGAAGAUGUGGCGCGUCUUCCCAUACGCCGAGGAGAGCCUGAGCUUGCUGCGCACCUUCUCUUGCUCCCACCCAAUCGUGACACUCUGUGUGUUAGGCAAACGUGUCACUGUAGGCUUUGAGAACCCAGACAGUGCUACCUAUGGCCUGGUGCAGUUUGACCUGGGUGACAGCCGGCGAUUUGACCACCGGCCCCAGGACGACCCCAUGGACCACAUAACUGGCCUGUGCUGCUGCCCCUCCCUCAGGCUGUAUGCCUGCUCCAGCCUGGACUGCACCAUCCGCAUCUGGACUGCUGAGAACCGCCUGCUGCGGCUCCUGCAGCUGAAUGGUGCCCCUCAGGCCUUGGCCUUCUGCAGCAACAGUGGGGACCUGGUGAUGGCGCUGGGCUCCCGUCUCUGCCUGGUAUCCCAUAGGCUCUACCUACCCACAUCCUACCUGGUUAAGAAUCUGUGCUGGAAGGCUCCUGACAUGGUGGACGACCCUCCACUGCCACUGACCAGCCAAGAGUUACUGACCUCCGCCCAUCUGCAGAGGCUUGCCAACCUACACUGGGCAGCCAAGCUCAGUGCUUCCUUGUCCUUCAUUCAUGAGAAGGCACCAACUCAGCAGCCAGUGGUGAAGGAGGACUUGAAAACCCUAGUGGACCGGGAUCAAGACCUUGAGCAGCUAAGGCUGGGACUAGUGGUCCCAGCAGCCCGCCCCACACCCUCCUGGCAGCAUCGCCAGGAAGCCUUCGACAAUUACCUGCGCCUGAUCUAUGGUUCUGGCCUGCUGGGUGUGCAGUCUGGAAGGGAGUCCUGGCAGUGGGACACUGGGACCUUCACAGUGGAGAGAGAGAUCUGGGACAUGUGUGACCUGCCCAGAGCUGGCCCCUAUCUCUGGCAGGCUGGGGUCAGCACUGAAACCCAGACAGCACCAACAGCCCUGCCCCCUCAGGACGUCAGGGCCCUGGGCCAGCGCUUUGCCCGCCCUCCUCGAGUCACCUUGCCCAUCCCACCCACCUACCGAAGGGUGCAUAGCAGGGCAUCCCAGCUUCUGGCCCACUCCUCCCUGAGCCACGACCUGGGUCUCAGUCUGGAUCUGCAGCUGCAGUGGGAGCAGCUCCAAGAGACGACAACCAUGGCUCUGGAUCCAUCGUUCUCCCACCUGGAGCACAGGAUCCCUCUGCUGCAGAAGAGACGGCCCACGGAUCCUCCCUCUAAACUUGGGGGCUUCUUUCCUGCCACCACACGGCCUUAUAAGCCCUGCCCGAAUCCCAUCAGCUUCCCUGGCUGCGUACCCAACUCUGUGGUACUACAGCAGAUGUGGCUGCCUGCAGAGAUCGGCCACCUGGGGUCCCUGGCCCAGCUUCCCUCCCAGACGAAAUGCAAGCCGCGUGUGAGCCAGUACGACAUGUGGCUGCAUCGGCGGCGCAGCAGGCGGUUCCGCACCCCGUGGCCAAGGAAUGUCACCCAGUGGUUAGGAGAGGAGGAAGAUGAGGAAGAGGAGUGGGAGGAGGAGCUGGACCUAGAGGCUGACUGGGAGGCUUUCUUGAGCCCUGAGACGUCACAGGCUGACCAGGAGCUGGAUUUUUUCCAACCGGGUGAGGUAGAGACCUCUUCGGACUUGACCCUGCAGCCCUUCUAUGAGGCCGCCAAGACCAAGCCCUCCCUUCACCCCAAGCACGACUACAGGCGUUCGCUCUGGGAAGAGCGUUUUGGACAUCUGCCCAAGUUCCUGCAGUUUUUGGUCUGCCAGAACUGGUUCAAAAAGCUGUUCCCCAUCUUCACCCUGGAGGCAUACCCGGAGAUGGGCACAGUGACAGGCCUGGCCUUAACGCUUAUGGACCUGCUGAAGGAGGUCACAUGGAUGGACCGUGUGCACAUCCUGCGUGCACUGCUGAGGCUGCUUCCUGACAUGAGCAGCAUCCUCCAAAUCCAGCUGCAAAAUGUGCUUGUGCAGUUGCUCAACAUGGACCAGCCUCCCAGCCUCCAGGAUGAGACUCAGAGGCUAUUCGUGAUGCUGGCGCUGCAGCUGCUCCUGGCCUGCUCCCUGGAGUCCCGAGAUGUGGUGCUGGAGCUUAUGUCCUACUUCCUCUACUCCCCAGCCUCCUGCCAGCCAGAGCUCAGGAAGCUGCUGGACAUGCUGGGCCUUCAGGAUCCAGAAGGCUUCCUGUUCAAGGAGAUGCUGACCUGGGUGAAGGACUCUGAUCUCAACUCCAAGGCUAUGCUGCGUAGACGCUGCUGUGAGAAGCUAGAGGAGCUUAUCCAGCAGCUGCAGGUGGAGACCUUGCAGCCACCAUCCGUAGCCCACUUGUCUGUGGUGCUGCCCAAGGUCUCAGAUAGUACCUUGAAGCUUUCCUCUCCCAAGAAGACCACAUCACGGGCUUCGAUGGCUUCGAUGACAUCCUUGGGCACCUCCUGGUCGACCUCAAGCAUGUCCAAGAGGCUCUUGCAGAGCUUGGAGAUGCCCCUGAUGGUGGUCUCACCUGCGCAGCCAGACCUGGCUGGCCUAAAGCUCCAGACCGAGCAGCUGCUGAUGCAGAUGAACAUCCAGCACACCCAACGUGUGCUCGCAGACACACUGCAGAGCUUCCCUGAGACCGACCUGUACUCCUCAGCGCCCUCCACGCUGCCUGAGGUGCUGCCGCCACUCGAGAAGACAGACUGGUCAAAGUCGCAAAUAUUGGACCUAGGCCUCAUCGACAUGCUCAACUUAUUCUGCAAGCAGCAGCGGGCACGGCAGCAUAGCUUGAUCCCAGAGGCUGAACUCCCACCCCUGAUGGUGCCCAACACGGUGGUGCCACCAGCUCGGGAUCAUUGGCACCACCCCAUCAUGAGGCUUCAGGAGGCCACCAUUCAGAAAUGUGGGAGGAGAUUGAGGGGUGAGUGGAGAUGGGGGCGGAGACAGACCUGGCCCCACCCCUACCCACCACCUCACUUCAUCACUUGCCCCAGGCCAGAUGCCAUCCCGUGCUGGCCGCACCCUGGAUGGCCCCAUCCGGAUGUUGAAGCUGCCGCUGCCACGAGUGGAGGUGCGGCCUUUCCCCCCAGGCUGGCCCAGGCCUGCCCACUCCCAGCCCCCGCUGCUCCUACAGCCUGCCCUGCAGCGCUACUUUGUGCUAGAUGACACAGACCCUAACAGCUACAGCUGAGCUGGCUGGUGGCCAUGCCCUCCACCCCCGCACCCUUCACUCCACCUUCCCUUCACCCCAAGUUGGCGAGUGGCAGCCUGCUUAGGUCUGCCAUUGGCCUUUGGCCAAGGCCUGGUCUGGAAUAAAGUCAAGAGGCUUCAGCAAG